AUGGGUCUGGGGUACAUCUCUCCGAGCUCGCUCGCGAGAGACAAAACCAGCCGGUCGGCAGGACCAAUCCAGCCGGCGGGUGCACCGCAGGGUGUAACCGCCCCGCGGCGAUGCCCACUCACCGCACACCAUCAGCAGCAGCACGAUCAGCAGCGUGGCCACGAACACGAGCAGGGUCAGCCCGACGUUGUGCCACAUCUUGGGCACAGGAGGGCGGCCGGCUCCGGGCGGCGGGCGAGCGGCGCGUCCGGGGCUUCAGCAGCCGGCGCCGGGCGCGGCAAGGCGCCGGGGCGGCAUGGGCGGCGGACGCCCCCGGGCAGCGCCCCCAGGAGGCGGGGCGGGGCGGGGCGGCGCGGAGGCGGGCACCGCAGCGGCCCGGCCGACCGGCCCACGGCCCUUCCCAAGCCUGUCUGGCCGAUGGAGCGCGGGCGGGAGGCGGAACGCGGGGCGCCCCUACCCUCUCAUCGCUCCGGGGAACCCGGGUCGCGGCGCCCGGAGACUCCGGCGGCAGCCGGAUGUGCUUCCAUGGCGGAGGCCGUGCACCAGCCAAGGGGAGAGAAGGCGAGCAGUGGAACGCGCGGCACACACGGCCCUUGUCGCUGCCCGCCCGAGGGUCCCUCGGCCCCAGGGGCCGCAGAUAACGUCUCCCGGCCGCGGCCGCGAUGCUUCUCCGCCCCAGACCCCCCGCCCUGCAUCAGCUCAUCAGCGAGCGCCCCCACCGCCCGCCUCCUCCGCGGCGCGGGGGCUGCUGGGAGAUGGAGUGCAGAGCCGAGGGGGAGCCUUGAGGAGGCCGCCCCGCGGGGACUACAACUCCCAGAAUGCACCGCCAGCUGGGCCGCUUGGCUUCUCCCCCCUUCUCGCCCCUCUGCCUUUGGUUAUUCUCAAACCACAGCCUCUGUCUACCGACUGCGGGUUUGUGUUCUGGGAACUUGGCUGCCUCUCGGUGCUAGGCUCCAGCGCCAGAGUGAUUUCAAACAUGGUUUUGUUUAAAACCAUGGCCCACGAAGCACGAAGAGGGAAGAAAGGGAAGGCAGCUGCCUGAAAAACUGGUUGCAUGUGAACCUAGCCCUGUUGCUGGGGGCGAAGGUUGGAUACUUGGGACUUUUGAGGAAAUACCAACGUCCUGCCAAAGACAAGAUCCAGAAGCACGGAAUCUCCCUUUUACCCCAGUUACAGAUGUUGCUCUGUGUUUGCAUAGCUCAUGUAUUUCGGAAACGGCCCGCGAGGGGCUUAAGGACAUCUCUUUUGCCCUUAAUUCUCCUGAGUUGUAAAUUUAAUUCAGCUGCUGCCUUGAGACCAAGCGACAGACGACCCCCAACUGAAGAUUUUGCCACACAGGCUAGAACAAGCCCCUGUGAAACAAGACAGUUUGAUAGUCUCAACUUCUCUGAAUUUAAACUCCUCAUUUCCACCAGAUUUUAGUCAUUCCUUAAAGAGGUACCCCCAGAAGAAAAGACGGUAAAUGCACAUCCUACUUCUGGAAGGAGCCAGGCCCAGCUGGAGACCCAGGAGAGUAGAGGAGAAAUUUUACUUCACUUACAAGUCUCAAGGUGACCUUGAGGAUGCAGCGACCUCAAGUUACCUGCAAGGAUGUGGACGUGGGCUAAUGAAGUCAAAGAAGUGGAGUAAAGGUGACUGACCUGUCCCCCAGCCAGUUCCGAAGGACAUCCGUUAGUUUUAAAUUGUUUGCUUAAGAGAUUCAAAAAGUUACGAGGAGACCGACGCACGGGACCCAGGACAGUGCCAGCCCGAGGGGUCAUUCACACCGUGGGAGUUAGCAAAGCGUGGUGGCCUUGAAGGACGCAAACAUUUCAGUAGACUAGAGGGAAAUGGGGAAAAAAAAAAAUCUAAUGAUGAAGGCAUUUCAGGGCAUCUGCGGCAACUUAAAAGUUCAAAGGGGUUUUUUCUGUAGAACCCGCCUCCUGGGCGGUGGUCUCCGCUUCCUCUUACUCGUGUGGCCAGCAAAAAAAAAGUGAACCCUAUGAUCAAGUGGACUGAGACAAGUGCUCUGAUUUAGUAAACUCUGUCUUGUCCUUCAGAGGCCACACUCAGACUCCAGAAUCAUUGUUCAAGGAAGAUGCUUGACUCUGCGGACCUGUGGGUAAGGAGAAGGCUCCCGAAGAGGAAGCAGGAGUCCCAUGAAACUGCUCUCCUCUAAUCUAGAGAAAAGCGUAAAACCAAAUGGAACACGUGAUCCUGCAAUUCCUUUGAAAAUCCCUUUGCAAAGGAAUGUGAUACCCACACGUGACCCGAGUCCUUCAGCAGACCAUGACGUGGGAACAGAUUUCCUAUGAGGGGGGACAGCGGAUGAUUCCGGAACUGGAAGCGGUCACCCUUGCAGAAUAUGCUUCAAAAAUGCUUUUACAAGGGAAACAAUUUCAUCUAGCCUUGGCAAGCAUACUUUCACCCCAGGAGAACUUAAAAGAGAGAAAAAUCUUGAAUCUGGCUCUGUCCAAAGUGUCCAGCAUAGGGAGUUCCCUUCGUGGCUCAGCGGUUAACGAACCCAACCAGGAUCCAUGAGGAUUCAGUUUCCAUCCCUGGCCUCGCUCAGUGGGUUCAGGAUCCAGCAUUGCUGUGAGCUGUGGUGUAUGUUGUAGACGCGGCUCAGAUCCUGGGUUGCUGUGGCUGGGGUGUAGGCUGGUAGCUGUAGCUCCAAUUCUGUCCCUAGCCUGGCAAUCUCCAUAUGCCGCACGUGUGGCCCUAAAAAUCAAAAACAGAAAAAAGGGGAUCCAGCAUGUUUUGAAAGAUGUCAGUGGAGUAGCAGGCUCUUGAAAGUUCUGUUCAACACGAGACUGAAGAUGACCGAGAAACCAACACCUUUUAUCCAAAAUACGUUUGACAGCCCACUGCAAGUCAUGGCAUGUGUCGAUGCCAUAAACCAGGACGGCAACCACAGCCUUCAGGUUCAGUGUGGCUUGAUCGUGGUGGCCUGCAGAGAUGGGUCCCCCGCCCACCCCCAUUUCAUGGACGCAGCCCUCUGUUCCCAGUACUGGGCCAAGGGGCUUCUGCGACUGGAAGAGUUCUCGAGGAAAAGACCCAAGAUGUUCUGGAACCACACUGGGGGGCAGGAUGCUGUCUGGGAGCUGUCAGCACUCGCCCAGAGUUUGGGAAGGUGCCCCACUCUCCUGCGAGCUCAGACGAGGUGCCACGGGAUCUGAGAGCUGCAUUAGCACGAGCUGAGCUAGCAGUUUGUUGAAAUGUAUUGUAACCAAACAGACAAAGGCAGAAAAGUUACAUUUAAAGAGCUGGAAUUCCACACAUAAAAGACCAAUAAGGCUACCUCUGACUGGCAUUUACCCGAAAGAAAGGCCAGCAGGAUUGGCACAGUGUUGGUGGCUCUUGGAAUCACCCCCCACCCCCCGCAUCGACCUUUCUGUGUCCCAGGCAGGAUGCCCAGUCUCUGAACUGAGGCUGAGGUCAGGCGAGGUGUGCUGAGCGUGUCCCCAGGGCACAGCAGGAGGGAGGGGGCCACACCCCCACCCUGGGAGCGGGGAGCAUGAGAGGUGGCAUCAGCCAACCACCAUAGCCAGUGCACUUUCAUAAAACUUGUUUUAUAUGCUGGGGUUCUUGAUGCUCCAUUUUGGGGAAGAAGCUUCUAAUGUAACUUUUUUUUUUUGUCUUUUUAGGGCUGCACCCAUGGCAUGUGGAGGUUCCCAGGCUAGGGGUCAAAUCAGAGCUGUAGUUGCCGGCCACAGCCACGCCAGAUCCGAGACGUGUCAGCAACCUACACCACAGCUCACGGCAACACCGAAUCCUUAACCCACUGAGCUAGGCCAGGGAUCGAACCCGAGUCCUCAUUGGUACUAGUCAGAUUCAUUUCUGCUGCGCCACGACGGGACCUUCCCAUUUAACAUUUUUGAAAAAUAGAUAUGCGAUUCCUUACCCUCAAAUAAGCAUUGCUCUCUGGAAAGAUGGAGCAUGGGCAUCAUUACCGAUGGCAGCACCUUGGGCAUCCCAUCAGAUAACCCUCAGAAACAGUCAGGCUCCCGGUUGAGAGUUGUCAUUGUAGGGAUUUUGGUGGCUAUGUCCUGGUUUGAGUCAAGGAAUCGUGUACAAGGAGAAAAUGUAUUGGGUGUGUGAUUUUCCAGCUUUGGGGCACAAUAAUAACAUCUCUUUUUUCUUUGUGGGAUAAAUAAUUAAAUUGAUUAGUUGUCACUGGGUUCAGGAAAGUUAAAUAAAUGCCCACUACAGUCCUGGGGAAGGCUCCCUGUUUUACGGAAUAGAUUAGCCUGUAAGUUACAGUUGCCGUCUUCACAUAGUAGGGUGCUACAAUCAUUUUUCCCCCCUUCCUUAGCCAUUAUAAGACAUCAAAUACUAGAUGUGAAUU